GCUCCAUUUUGUUUGCGACUAUAUUGUGUGCCAGUCAAAUAUUCAGAUGCACCAUCAUGGAUAUGGUAAAAGUAGAUCCAAAGUUGUUUGCAACAUGUCGCCUCUGCGUCGAGAACAUGGGGAUGUACCAGAUCACACCUAUGGUUCAGGACCAAAUUAAAUAUUGCUUUGAUAUUGAAGUAUCUCCUUUCGAUGGCUUACCGCAGCUGAUUUGCGGCGUCUGCGAAGGCAUCCUUAGUGAAUAUCACACUAAUAAAAAAAUAUUCAUUGGAAAGCAAAAUGCAUUGAAGGCGAGAUUACAACUACGAAAGGAAUUGGAGAGCACCAGUAAGUCUCCAACACAUGACCUAGUUAGAACCAGUCAUGGAGAAAUUCAGGAAAGAGCGUCUCCUGUGGAUAAUUUGCGAAAGUUAAUCUCCGUCGCACCAGAACAAGGCCCUGCGUUAGUCGAAACAGAGGCGUCGUCUGAUACUGCCACAAUUGCCAAGGCUGGGCCUGCUUCUUACAAGAAAAUUUGCGCAAAUAAAAAAUCCAAGUCAUGGGAAGCAAGCUAUAACAAAGGUUAUGUUUGCCGACUGUGCAAUAAACAAUGUAAAACACGAGGCAACAUAAACUUACAUUUUAAGAAACACAGAGGUUUAAUCAACAAUAACAGAGACAUUUUUAAAAAAUAUUGUACAAUUGAUUUAAAGAAGUUGGACGGUAAACUAAACAUCACUGGUAGUGAAGAAGCUGUAGUUUUGAAUCAGGAUAAAAUCACGCGUGAUGAAGGAAAAAUGCAUUAUUAUGUUUUAUAUACUUUAAAUGAAGAAUUUAGAGAAGUGGGAAACGUGUCGGAUUCUUCUGAUGAUUUUGCGCCAAAGGUCCAAGGAAAACGACGUCGACUGCUGUCUAGAAGUUCCAAUGACACUGUGAUCCUUAACGACGCUAAAAGUCGUACAUCUUCAGAUCAUGAAGAGGAGACGAAAUCGGCAAUUGAUAACGAUAAGGAUGAAAACGUGCCAAAUGUCAUGGAGUGUAUAGACCUUGACGAUUCUUCAGAUGAAUCUAUCCACAAUGAUACGACGAUGCCCUCUACAAGCAAUAUGCCCUCUACAAGCAAUAUGAAUUUGAGGAACACUACAGAAGAUAAAUGUCCCCUUCCGCAAUUAACGGAUCACAAAACCAUCUCAAACAUCGUAUCGGCAUGCCAAAACAGAUAUUUGAAAAAAAUAGAAUGUUCUGAGGAACAAGAGAAACAAUUUGAAAGUAACAAAAGUAAACUUUUGAAUAUUGGUUUGAAAUCUAUUUUCCAGCAGUGCUACAAGUCUAAUGGAUUAUUAAGAUACUUAGAAUAUGAUCAUUUAGAAAUAAAGUGGAUUCCGAUAAAUUCCAUUUUACGUUCACAAAGCAAGGAAAAUAAGUAUGUACGAAUAAUGCCGAGAGUAAAAGGUAAAGAAGAUUACAACCAGGAUGAUGCACAAUGGAACAAAAUCACGAAUUUUAAUUUUAUGUUAAUGAAAGAUGAAGGUAAACCUAUUCAAGUUCAGAAAAUGAAAUCUUUACCUAUCAUUGAAAGUUUACUUAUGAGUAAUACUAGCACUAGUUCUGUAGUAAAUGGACAUUCUAAAUCCGAUCAACAGUUAUCGGAUUGCGCAGUUCUUUACAGCAACACGUCUGUUGACGCAGAUAAAAAACUGCUCAACGCCAGUCCAGUGGCGAACCCAAAACAGUUACCUAAAAAAGUUGUUCAAUUUGAAACAAAAGUAUCGCCAGCGCCUACAGUAACUGAAGCUGUUGUGGUGACGUCCCCAGUUGUUCAAGAUCAAAGUCAUUCUAACACUCGGCCAAUGUUGAUUGAUGAUGCUGAAGAUUUGACAAAUGAAGACAGUGAUGUUUUGUGCAUGCCUAUAAUCACGUCUACUACGUCUUUGGCGCCAGGUAAUGAAACAACUUACAACCUUGAUAAUACAGCCAGGAAGGAAGACAACAAUGAAACAUGUAUUAGUAACAGUGUGAACUCAAAAUCAGACAGAUCUGCGGAUAAAUCGCCCACAUCCCCAUCGAAAACAACUGCCACACUUCCAUCGAAUAAACCUGCCGCGUCUGUAACUCCGGCGCCCAGGAUUAAAGUAAAAAAUGUAGCUGAAUUGAUGACUGAGCAGGCGUUAAGUCAACAAAACGCAAAUAAUACAACGCAAUCUAGUAUUUGGCUUGUUCCUUUGGAAAAUACUUUCCAACACCAAGUAACAAAUGCAUCAGUUAACAAUAGAUCGUCUAAUGGAGUACAGACAUUGGCGCUGCCGACUACGUCCUCGCAGGUGAUAGGCUCUUUGAACAGCGGGCCCCGAGAGUUCGUAAUUUUGGAUACUGUAGAAAUGCCAAAUACUAAGACUUCGUCACCUUUUAAAUAUUUGCAAACCUUAAUGCAGAUUCAUAACAUUACUUUAUUGGAUGGAACUGAACGACUGUCCAAAGACUUUGUAUGCCUUAUUAAGUUUAAAUUGCAGUUUUCUCAACAAACUAUACAUAAACCGGUGGUUCUUUGUUUGUCUCUACACUGUUUGGAAAAUAAAUUCUUUUUAGGAGUUAAAGAUCCCAGUUAUCCUGACAAUAUUGAUUUGAAUAAAUUGUCCGCCAACUGGCAGUGGGAAAUAUUAAAGAUCUACACAGUCAGAGAACUUGUUGUGAAUAAAUUAUUUCAAAAUGCACAAAAAAUAAGCCCAGCAGUAUUUGGAUAUGUUAAAAAUUUUGUUAGCGUUUUACAGACAAUUAAGUUAAAAACAUCUAUUUAACAUCCACCUAUGAAACAUCUUUCUAUAACAAUUUCUUGUUCGAGUGUAAAAAAGAUAUUGUAGCACACAAUUGAUGAUUUACGUUGAGGAAUAGAAGAGCCAAGAUAAAUAAACAUUCGCGAAGACUUGUUUGCGUCAAGUUAAUUUUGAUAAGUUAGAAAUAAUAAGCUAAUUUGCGUGCGUGCCUUAUUCCAGGUUGACCAUGGUCGAGUUUUUUAAAUUUGACUAGCCAGACAAAAAGUCUAUUUAGUACUAC